UUUCAUUUGGUUGACCUGAGAACAUGUGAGGUAUAUGGUACAUUUAAAGAGAUGACACUACAUUAUAUGUUAAAUGAUGAUAUAGAAAUCAAAGUUGUCAAGAUCGGGAUUUUAUGUAUGAUUGUUUUUGGGUUUAUAUACAAGAUCAGGAUUGGGAACCGGAUCUUAAGAUCCAAUAAAAAACACAAUUUUAACUUAAUUAUAAAUUCAAAACAUGAAAAAUAUCUCCAACAUUAAGUUUUCCAUUCAAAACAUAUAAAAACUUCAAAAUAUUAUUCGCAACAAAAAAAAAGGUAAAUGGAACCCCUAAAGAGUAAAAGUUGUAAUGUAGUAAAAUCUCUUUUUUCAUUUUUUUGAUGGUUUUUGAUUUUUUUUUCUUUUAAAAAGAAAAUAAAAAAUCAAGGGAAGUGGGAUCCAAUCCCGAUUCUAUGAUCUUACUUGCAAUUUUACCCCAGAUAAGAUAUGAUCCGUAUACAAUCCGACUUGUUUAUUAUACCUAGGAUAUCCUAGGUAAAAUAAAAAUUAUGAUUUUGAUAACCUUGGUAGAAAGUCUAGACUCUUCCUUUGUUAAAGGAAACAAAAUAAGAAAUUAAAUUACACUUCUAACUAUUCUUUUCUUGAUUGGGGCAUAUAUAAAUUUCUCACUUUUGUUAGGAUGACUAGAAUAAAUCACAAACUCACAAUUUCUAUAGAGAUACUUAUGGGAAGUUGGCAAUUCUAAUGUUAUUUUCUUGAGAAUGCAAUUAUAACGUUUUCUCUACAUAGGUGUUUGUAUGUUUGGUGGAAUUGUUCUUGAUUGGAAAUUAGUCAUAUACUAUUUGCUAAUUGUUUAAUUCAAGAAAUUUCAGACUUUUUUUAACUUUAAAGUGUCAAAUGACAAAUUUAAAUGAUAUUAACGCUUCUGUUAUGGGUAUGAUUCUGGUAAUGGUUGUGUAGAGUGGAGUUUGCCUCAGUGUAGAAGAGAGAGUGAUAGGUUUAGUGAAAAGUAUGGACAUUUUGCUCAGGAUAUGACAAGAAGUGCUAUUGAUGACAACUCGAGUUUAAGUAUUAGUGAUUGUUUUGUUAAGUGUUGGAAUGAUUGCACUUGUGUAGGGUUUAAUAGUAGUAACAUUAAUGGAACUGGCUGUGUUAUUUGGACUGGAAGCAAUAACUUUUUGGUUAAUCCUCGUGAUAACUCUACUUUAAACUAUGUGAUCAACCAAAAUCCAAUCACUCCAAAUACAGGUAACAAAACAGAAAAGAGCAAGAAUUGGGUAUGGAUACUAAUUGGCGUUGUCAUUCCUCUCUUUUUCCUAUGUUUUGGCAUUUUAUGGUAUAUAAAGAAGAGAAAGCGUAAAUAGAAAGAAAAUGAGAAACGAAAGAGAGAUGAGUAUUUCCUGGAGUUGACAGCUUCUGAAAGCUUCAAGGAUAUACAUCAGCUUGAAAACAAUGGUGGGAAAGGAAAUGACUUGUUUUUAUUUAGCAUUGCCUCUAUCAUGGCUGCCACCGAUGAUUUCUCAGUUGAGAAUAAGCUCGGACAAGGUGGUUUUGGACCUGUUUACAAGGGAAGACUAAGUGAUGGACGAGAAAUUGCAAUCAAAAGGCUUUCAAGAACAUCAGGGCAAGGGCUUGUGGAAUUCAAGAAUGAACUAGUACUCAUUGCUAAACUCCAGCAUACAAAUCUUGUUCGGGUUCUUGGUUGUUGCAUUCAUGGUGAAGAAAAGAUGUUAAUAUACGAAUAUAUGCCUAACAAAAGCUUAGAUUUCUUUCUCUUUGAUGAAACUAGAAAGGCAGAGUUGGAUUGGCAUAAACGAUUCGACAUAAUUGAAGGAAUUGCUCAAGCGUUGUUAUACCUGCAUAAGUACUCACGAAUGAGAGUUAUUCAUCGAGAUCUAAAAGCUAGCAACAUUCUUUUAGAUGAAAGUAUGAACCCCAAGAUUUCUGAUUUUGGUAUGGUAAGGAUAUUCAAGCAGAAUGAGACCGAGGCAAUCACUAACAGGGUGGUUGCAACAUAUGGCUAUAUAUCUCCUGAGUAUGCAAUGGAAGGGACUUUCUCUAUCAAGUCUGAUAUCUUCAGCUUUGGAGUCUUGAUCUUGGAAAUCGUCAGUGGAAGAAGAAAUAGCAGCUUUGUUUAUCUUGACCGGACUUUCAAUCUUAUUGGAUAUGCAUGGGAGUUAUGGCAACAAGGGGAUACAUUGGAAUUGAAGGAUCCUACAUUGGGAAAUACUUUUGUUGUACAACAAUUCUUGAGGGCUGUUCAUGUUGCCCUUCUAUGUGUACAAGAGAGUGCAGUCGAUAGGCCAACAACAUCUGAUAUGAUCUCCAUGCUUCUUAAUGAUGCCAUACCGUUAGCCACUCCAAAUAGGCCAGCAUUCAUCAUCACUGCCAGAAUGGAAUCAGAGUUGAAGUCAACUUCGGAUGAAAAUAAAGCAAAAGAUUGCUCUAUAAACAAUAUGACAAUCACUGUUGUAGAGGGUCGAUAGUUUAUGAGUGUAGCUACUCUUGUACGAAUAGUAUAUCAUUCUUUGUAAAAUACUAUUUCUAUUGUAAUUUGUAUAUGAUAAUUUAAUUUUGUAGGA